GAAACGGCCCCGCGAGUUAAAAACUCCCACCUCCACGCUCUCCCACGCUUCCCGUUCUCCCACCACCCCCCCAUUUCCCACUUCCCACCUCCCUUCCCACCCAUCCCACCGGCGCCACCACCAAGGCACUGGCACCAACCCACCUCCACCACCACCACCCCGGCGAUAUGAUGGCCGCGACAGCCAGCGGCGCGGCGGACGAGCCGGCGGUCGCCUGCGACGACAGCGCCUGCUCCACGCCCUUCGUCAGCGCGCCGUCCAGCCCGACCCGCGACCGGGACCGGGACCCUUACCCGUCCCACUUCUUCUUCAGCGCGCCGACCAGCCCCACCCGCGGCGGCGGGGGGAAGGACGCCGCCGUUCCCGGCGUCCUCGACUUCGACUUCGACUUCUCCUCGCGGUUCCCGUCGCCCUCUGCUGCGGCCAUGUCCUCCGCCGACGAGCUCUUCCACAACGGCCAGAUCCGCCCCGUCCGCCUCGCCGCCGCGCUGCUCCAGCCCCACCCGGACCCCGCCGUGCUUCUCGACUUCCCCCACGACGCCGCCGCGGACACGGACGCGGUGCGGGAGGAGGUGGAGGUGGAGGCGGACGAGCGUGGCCGCGUCCGGACCCGCUCCGUGCGCCGGAAGGCGCGCUCCAUGUCUCCGUUCCGCACGCACUGGCGGACCGCGUCCCACGUGCCUGCAGCACCGACGGUGCCCGUCCCGGAGCACGAGUCUGCAGAUGAGGCGCGGCAGACUGCGACCCCUGCGGCGUCGCGCUCGUCGUCGUCCUCGUCCACCGCCUCCUCCGCCUCGUCCGCGUCCUCCUCGUCCUCCCGCGGAUCCCGCCGAUGGGGUGGGUUCCUCAAGGACCUGCUCCACCGGAGCAAGUCGGACGGCGGCAAGACCACACACCACGCCCAGCAUUCCCACCACGCUGCUGCUCCAGCUUCGCCAACCGCGCAGUCCAAGACGAGCACUCGUCCGUCUCCGUCACCCGCGGCGGCGAAGGGGACUAGGGGUGGGACGCCGGGGCACCGCGGCGGCGGCGGCGGCAGGAGGAGGUCGGCGCACGAGCGGCUGUACGAGGCGCGGCGCGCCGAGGCCGAGGAGAUGCGUCGCCGGACGUCGCUGCCGUACCGUCAGGGCCUGCUACUCUUCGGCUGCAUCGGGCUCGGCAACCGCAGCAGCUACGGCGCUGUGCACGGCCUCGCCAGGGGACUCAACGCCGCCGCCGCCGUCUCCUCCAGGUCGUGACUCGCGACCGGCACCGGCGCAAGCGUCCGUAGGCGGCGGCAUUGCUGGCCGGCUGAGGGUGCUCUGUCAGUGUGGUGGUGGUAGUGUUCAGUGGCUAAUCAAUCCACUGUGAACAAGUGCAAAAUCUGCAAAGAAUGUAGUAGAAGUACUAGUAGAUUAUUAGGAGAUGAUGGUUCUUUUGUGGUUGAAUCUGUCUGCUCGUAUAAUAUAGCCUAUUGUAUGGAUUUUGGGGGUCAAGCUUGUUUAUCCCACAGAGAUUAGUGAGUACUGUUAAAAUGCUUGUUCAUGUGAGCUAA